ACUUCGUUUUUUUUUGCCAUUGCAAUUUUCGUUGUUUUUUAUUUUUUGGUUUUUUUUUCAUUGAAUUGCAAUUAUCCAGAUUGUCAAUCAUAAAUCUCAUGUAUAUAAGAUACGAUUCUCUGGCCAAUUGAUGCAUUCAUUUUGUUUUUGGUAAGUUAUUCAUCUUUUUUUUACUAAACAUUGACAACAGAAUUAUGAUUGCACGGACAUUAUCAUCGAUUGCCAUUUGCAUUUUAAUGGUCAAUGCUUCUCCAGCACAGCGACCAUCACUUCGAGGUGUUACUAUUCGUAAUGCUCCAUUUUUGGAAGAAAUCGAUGGCAAAUUUAAAGGAUUCAUUCCUGAUCUAAUGGAUGCGAUUGCCGAAAAAGCUGGUUUUGAUUAUACAUUAUAUUUAUCUCCAGAUGGCCGAUAUGGUAAUGCCGAUAAAGAGGGUAAUGUCACCGGCAUGAUUGGUGAAGUCUAUAAUAAGAAAGCAGAUUUUGCCGCUGCUGAUCUGACAAUGACCGAAGCACGUGAAAAUUAUAUUACAUUUACCGAACCAUUUAUGAUUAAUCAAUUGGCAGCGCUCAUACGACGUGAAGAUGCAGAAGGAAUGAAUACAUUGGAAGAUUUAGUUAAUGCAGGUAAAACACAGCCAAAUCAUAAACCAAUUAUAUUGGGAACAUUACGUAAUGGUGCCACGAAUCAUUUCCUUUCCAAAAGUGAUGAUCCACUUGCUAAGAAAAUGUAUGAACAAAUAAAAGCUAAUGAUCAAUCAGCCACUACAAGCAUAUCAAAAGGUAUCGAACGUGUGGAUAAGCAAGGUGGCUAUGCAUUCAUUAUGGAAUCAUCAUCGGCCGAACAUGAAAUUGCUAAUAAUUGUAAACUGACAAUGUUAUUGGAUUGGCGUAAUCUUUACCCAAGAAAAUAUGCAUUCGCAUUGCCAAAAGAUUCCCAAUAUUUGCAACAUUUUAACAAUGCAAUUAAACAGCUGAAUACAGAGGAUAAAAUUGCUGAAUUACGACGGAAAUAUUGGUCAAAUAACUGCAGUAAUACACAGACUAAAAAUACUGGUGCCUAAACACAAUCAAUCAACUACAACAGACGUUCAUAAAUAAUCAUAAAUCAAUUUUUCUUUAUUUAAAUGAAUUGAAAUUGUAGCAAAAGAAAAAAAAAUAUUCCAAAAAAGAAAUUUCUAUAAGAAAACAAUCAAGUUUUCUUGAUAAGAAUAAUUUGAGCAUACAAGGCAGAA